UCGCUAGAUGGCAGAAGUGAGACGCCUCGGCAGAAAAAGACAGCGGCUUCCUGUUCCGGGGUCAGGGGGUCGAAGGACGAGCUGUCGGAUGUGCUGGGUCGCUUUCAGGGAAAUAUGGAUGUAAACACUGAUUGUCUAAACGCGGAGUAUGGAAGCAAAGCGGGUUACAUCCUCAGCAAUGUGGCCGAAGUAGUGGAGAGGAUACUGACGUUCGUGCCGACCAAGUCACUUCUCCGUAGCGCCUGCGUGUGUCGCCUAUGGAGGAACUGCGCUCGCCGGGUACAGAGGACCCAGCAGCAGCUGGGCUGGGUGUCAGCCACCGGCUCCUCCAGCUCAGAAGGACACGUUCUUUACAGGACUUUGGCUGAAGAAGUCGAGAACAUUUACUUGAUGCCGCAGACGGUUCUUUUAAUGGCCGACAGCGACACCAUUAAUGGACGUUCUUAUUGGCCGAAAAAAGCAAAGACCAUGUGCAGUUCUGAUGUGGCAGAGGACCUGAAAAGACUGUUUCCCAAAGGCUGUGACAUACUUGGGAUCGCCACCCCGGGCAUUGUGUUGACCCCUAGUGGGCAGCCCUCCAGCCAGCCACAAGAGCACCAGGAGGGGGAGGCCGGCUUCGCCCUCAUGAUCCCCAGCAUGGACGGGGUGACUGUCAGGCCCUUCCACUUCUGCAAGCAGACAGUCUCUAAGACAGCCCUGGAGGAAGCAGGUCUUGUUGGUGACCCUGAAUUGCGUGUAGUGCUCCUGUUCGGCUACCAGGCUUUCAAGGCGGGUGGACCACGCUUUCUGCACCAUAUUCUGCAACCUCUGGCACAGAGUAGUGUCCUCGUCGCUGGGGGCCAUGUGGAGAGUGUCUUUUCCCACUCCAGGAUAUGCUGUGGGCGGGGUUCGUACGGCGUGGUGGGCCUGACGCUGAGUGGGCCUCGGGUCCAGGGGGCCUCCGUGCUUCUGGACCAAGACGUGACCACAGUGAAGGCGGCCGAGGCGGCGGUGCAGCGGCUGAAGGCGGCCAGCAUCCCCGAGCGCAACACGGUGGGCUUCAUGUUCGCCUGCGUGGGCCGCGGCCAGAACUACUACAACCAGCGCGACGUGGAGGCGCACGCCUUCCGCAAGGUCUUCCCCGGCAUCCCGCUCUUCGGAUUCUUCGGCAACGGUGAGAUCGGCUGUGACCGCAUCGUCACGGGCAACUACAUGCUGACCAACUCGGACGCCGACGGCCUGCAGCACGGCUUCACCACCGUCAUGACGCUGGUGCACCUGGGAUAGCGGCCUGCCGGGGAGGCGCGGCUCUCUCAGCCUUCCGGCUCCGCCUCCUUCGAACGCCUUGUGGCUCGGUGACACAAACCGGCACCUUGUAGGAUAGAGUAACUGUGUCUUUAGUCCCAGCAGAGGUUACUCCGCGUCAUCCCCAGCAUUAACUAGAUCUUUCAUCAGCCAUUUAGACCCAGCCUUUUUCGAAGCGCCAUGUUUACACCACAGUGAAACCCUCGCUGUCAGCAUUUUUACUCUGGUCUCACGGUUUGGAUCGCUGUUGAGGUAGAGACGCAUGACGACGAUGCCCGAGUACCGACCGGCGCUCGUCUUCGACUGCGAGUCCCUCAGUGUGGGGCGGGUCAGCCACCCAAAAACGAAAUGGGUAGGGGCACCCAGUGGAGGUCAGACAGAGGGUUCUUCCCCCUUCUCAUCCUUUUUGUUGUGCAAUAAAGCAUCAUUAUGCGUGUUAGUCUGAACCAUGCCUGGUUGGUGUGGCCAUGGCGAUGGGCUGAGGCGUGGCCUCUGAUGGCCCGCCCUCUGCUCGGGUUGUAUGGACCUUGCCGCCCAGCCCAUCAUACCGCACUGUGAGCCUCGCUUCUGUGUGCCAUGUGACUGAAUUUUCUUAUUGACCACCGCUGGUUGUUUAAUUUGAGUGUUUUUCUGUGGCCUCUGCUGCUCCACAUUUACAGCCCCCCUCCCCCCCCCCCCCUUUUUAAGGUCCAUUUCAGUUUGUGCAGUGUGAUUUCGCAAAUUAAUGCAAGGGAGGAGACAUUCUCACAGACAUGAUGACAGGAGCUGACCUGAUUGUCUCAGUAAAUUGUGGACUCUUGCGUUUUGAGUUUCCCCCCACCGUGAAUCGAACCUGCAGACAGCGGCACUGCCCUCCGCGACCUCUGCUGUGACGUGCCCCGGGUUCGAAGCCCUUCGGUUGUUUCGCCGCUGGCCUGCAGCGGCUCCCCUCCUGUUUGGUGUCUGUCCUUUUUCAUUUUGAGAAAAUUGAAUUUUUCUCAAGCGGAACAUUUUUGGGGCCAUUUGUGAAGAUUAGCUCUCGCUGCGUCUUAUUACGGGUUGUUUGGACACAUUUCACGCUGUUCGGCCUUAAUAAAGUGAGCGGGAGUUCUCUACGUUGCAUGCACCUGUGUGUCCACCUCCUCUGUCAUUAACAUUCCCAAUAAACAAGUCAGUCUGUCCUUAA